CCAUCACCGACGGAUACGGACUUCUGGCAACAACGAGUUAAUGACUAGAACAGAAAGCACCUUGGGUUCUAUGAAUACAAGCAACCCCAAGAAUAGACCCAGCCAUACGUGAGGACAGCCAUACGUGAGCUAUCGCUCCAUCGAAGCAAUCACCACAGCGCUGCUAAACAACAACAACACCACCACCAGAUCUCUCACGCAUGCUUACACGAUGCUCGCACUAAUCAUCCUGGGGCUGACGAUCCUCUCAGCCAUCGUGUCGUGGAUGCGAGGGACACUCCCGGGGAUCCGGGGACGAGGAUUACCCCCUGGACCUCCCUGCAUCCCCCUCAUCGGGAAUGCCCUACAGAUCCCCAAAUCGGGGAUCCAUCUCAAAUUCACCGAAUGGGCCCAAACCUACGGGCCCAUUUUCUCCCUCAAAAUCGGCUCCUCCACGACGAUCGUCAUCAACUCCCCUCAUCUCGUCAAGCAGCUGCUCGAUAAGCAAUCCGCCAAAUACAGUAAUCGGCCGAGUAUCUACAUUGCCCAAGAACUGAUCCUGCGCGGGGAUCAUCUCAUGUUCCUGAAUCAGGGGGAUAUCUGGCGUCGAGGGCGUCGCCUCUACCAUCAACAGUUCAACGAGACACGGUGCGAACAGGAGCACGUCAUCCUGCAGAAUGCCGAAGCGAUUCAGAUGCUGCACGAUUUCUGUCGCCACCCCGAAGACUUGAUGAGCCAUCCGCGGCGCUACAGCAAUAGUAUCAUGAUGAGCAUAGUCCUCGGCAUCCGCACCCCAACCUGCCACGCCCCCCACAUGAAACAACUCUACCACUUCAUGGAAGGUCUCUCGGAGAUUCUCGAAAUCGGCGCCACCCCUCCCGUCGACAUCUUCCCCCUUUUCAAAUACCUCCCAGAAUCCUGGUUCGGUCACUGGAAAUCGCGCUCCCGCGCCGUCGGCGACCUCCUGACCCGUCUCUACGAACCGUUAGUCACCCACGUCCUCCGUCGGCGGGAACACGUCGGCAGCAAGGGAUGUUUCCUGGAUACCGUGCUCGACGAGCAAGAGAAACUGGGUCUCUCGGACCGCGAUAUCCUCCUCAUGGUGGGGAAUCUCCUUGAGGGGGGGUCCGAUACCACCGCCACCAUGCACUUGAUUUUCAUCCAAGCGAUGAUGAAAUACCCGCACAUUCAGAAAGAAGUGCAGGCGCAGAUCGACAGUGUCGUGGGUGAGGAUCGUUCCCCAACCUGGGACGACUAUGCCCGUCUGCCGCUGGUGACGAUGGUGGUCAAGGAAUGUCUGCGCUGGCGACCGGUCGCGCCGACUGCGUUUCCCCAUGCCGCCAAAGAAGCCGGCGAAAUCCACGGGCUAAAAAUCCCCCAAGGAUCAACCCUCAUCCUCAACGUCUGGGGCCUCCACCACGACCCGACCCGUCACCCCGAGCCGGAGACCUUCAAUCCCUGGCGCUAUACGGACCGCACGCUCCUCGCGCCCAUUUACGCUUCCAGUCCGGAUUACGAGAACCGGGAUCACUACGCCUAUGGAGCCGGACGCCGCAUCUGUCCCGGGAUUCAGCUCGCGGAACGUGGGAUGUUCAUUGGGUUUGCCAAGCUGUUGUGGGCGUUUGAGAUUUCCGAGCCGGUCGAUCCGCGCGGGGGCCCAGGCGUCGAUGUGGAUCCGGCGACGGGGUAUUUGGAUGGGUUUUUGAAUUGUCCGCGGGAGUUUCGGGCCACGGUGAGGGUACGGUCGGAGAGGAGGCGGGAGACGAUUGAGAGGGAGUUGGGGGGGGGGGGGGGGGGGUUUGGGCGGUAUGAGUGUCUGUAG